UUGUGAAUCAUCUGACUGGGAGCACAGCAGGUAUCUGUAGUAAAUGUGAUGGGGAUUAUAAUUGCCAAAUUGUGUUUUUGCAGAAGGAUAUGAAAAAAAUAACUCAGCGCCGUUUGCGUAACUGUUACGAAGACCGGAAAAAUGUUUUAAUUUAAGAGCAAUUCAACUUUGAACUCGCAAGAGAUUCUUUUUUUACAGUAUUUUGGAGAAAAGACUGGCGGCGGCGGCGGCUCGGCCCAUGGACCCCCUGGGAGCGCGCUCGCAGUUCCUGGACGUCCAGACCCUGCCCGGCUGGGACCAGCCUCAGGAGGGGGGCGAUGAGGCGGACGGCCAUCGGCCCCGCAGCCGGGCCGGCCAGGACAGGCCCCCCUCCUCGCCGUUCCCACACAGGGACGACAUCAACCGGAAAAUCAUCCUCUUCAACGGGGACGUGGCUCUCUUGAACUGCACUGCCAUUGUGAACACAAGCAAUGAAACCCUGACGGACAAGAACCCGGUGGCUGACAGCAUUCACAGACACGCGGGCCCGGAGCUUAAAGAGGAGCUGCUCAAGCUGAAAGGGUGCCGCACAGGUGAAGCGAAGAUGACGAAGGGGUUCAACCUGGCCGCCCGCUUCAUCAUUCACACCGUCGGGCCCAAAUACAAGGCGAAGUACCGGACGGCGGCGGAGAGCUCUCUCUACAACUGUUACAGGAACGUCAUGCAGCUGGCCAAGGAGCAGGGAAUGGCAUCGGUGGCCUUUUGUGUUAUUAACACGGUAAAGAGAGGUUACCCGCUGGAAGACGCCACCCACAUCGCAUUCAAAGACUCUGAGGACGAGAGUCUGGACAAGGACCUGAGUUUCGUGGGAUCGCACGCCUUCGCCCGGAUGGAAGGGGACGUGGACAAGCAGAGGAAGCUCACUCUGCAGGGGCAGAUGUCCGAGGCCACCCAGCACAAGCAGCACCUGAGAAAUUAUAACCGAUGGUUAUGUAGAGCAAGAGCAGAAGACCUGUCAGACAUUGCAGCUCUGAAGGCGUUAUAUCAAACAGGGGUGGAUACCUGUGGAAGAACAGUUAUGGUGGUGGUUGGAAGAAAUAUUCCUGUAACGCUAAUAGAUAUGGAGAAGGCUCUGCUGUACUUCAUCCAUGUCAUGGACCACAUUACAGUGAAGGAAUACGUUAUGGUUUACUUCCAUACGCUGACCAACGAGCACAAUCACCUGGACUCUGAAUUUCUGAAGAAGCUCUAUGACAUUGUGGACGUCAAGUAUAAAAAGAACCUGAAGGCCUUUUACUUCGUACAUCCUACUUUCCGUUCCAAGAUUUCAGCCUGGUUUUUCACGACCUUCAGUGUGUCGGGGCUGAAGGAUAAAGUUCACCAUGUGGAAACUCUGCAGCAGCUGUUCACAUGUGUAGUACCUGAGCAGAUCGACAUUCCCCCCUUUGUGCUUGAGUAUGAAGCCCGGGUGAACGGACCUCAGCACUCCUCCUGCUCCUCUGGUCUGUGAAGAACAGGACAGACUGUAACGCUCCGGGGGCGCCAGCAUCCAAACUGCACCUUCUCUCAGUUCAUCCCUUUGAGAAUCUGGAUAGGGAUCCCUUUAGCUGUCUCUCUGGUUUUUCUCACUCAGUUGUUUAAAGUGCUUAAACAAUCAAAAAGGUGUGGACUGGCAUCUUAGGCCAUAAUUUCCCAAACCACAGUGUGUCAGUUCAGCGGUGAACCACCGAAGGACGCGAGUCAGUAUUUGUGACACAGUGUACAUGCAGAGCCUUUUCCACAGCAGCUGGUCCGUGUGCAAGUCUUUUACUCCGUGACAGUUUGGCCCUCUAAUCUUUAAGCGAACCUGCCUUUGGCAAAAGGGCCCUUCCUAACCCUCUUAAACAGAAGGACUGGUCUCUCCAGAGAGAACCAACUGUGGGGGGGGACAUUUUUUUUUUUAACAUUUAUUCCGCUGAUUGUGUGUGGAGUUCCAGCUGUUUUCUGUCUAGCUUUGAUUUGGAGCUUCAUCAUUCAAGUCAAUGCAAAACUGUGAAAAGAUAACUUUACUAAAUGGAUCGGAAUUGGGUUUUUUUUUCCUGCACUAUUAGCCAUGUAAGGUCUAGCAUGUAGAAGCACUGGAAAAUUGUGUUUAGAAGUGUAGUUUGAAAAAUGUAUAUUACAACACCCAUCGUUGAGAGUGUGUGAAUGAAGUGUGUUUUGAGACUAGUGAGUUGAAAGAAACAGUAUCUGGAUACAGGAAUAAGUACACACGUAGAGACUAUGACCUUCUCCCUUUAUAGCUCUUAUAGGUGCCCUUUUCACAUAUGAUGUAAUGGAUAAAGCAGAUGGUUUCCUAAAUUGGUCCCUUUUGAGUAAAGCUCAAAUACCCAGGUCAUGUGUGACGUGUCAGGGCUCAUAUAAUAUGCAGCUUUGCAUUCACAACAAUCGGGUUGAACAGGAGAACACGAGUUUUAAAAUAAGAAACCUGUUUUCUACCGUCUUUGAUUCCGACAAACAACUUUCAAUCAUGGGGCCAUUUCAUAAUAUACGCGCUUCAGAAGAUUAGGACUUUUAUCUCCUAUGUCUGCAUUCAUUUGUCUUCAUUUCAUACUUCUGUUUCAUCACCUCAGUUGUUCAGCCAGUGCUUUGCCCCUAGUCUGAGUUCAUAAGCACAGACCCAUUCUCAAAAUACUGCCUUUCAUAUAUUUACAAGUGUUUGUGGCUGCCCACCUCAUCUGCCACUGUGGCAAGAUAGCAAUCCACAAACAGCAGCAGGACUAGAACAGCUGACAGACAGCCUUGUCUUCAGCACUGAUCUGAGUAAGAACACAAGAGAAGUAUUUACUGCGGGUUGCUAAAGCUCACUGUCUUUGCCUGUUGCAGAGUUUGUCUUGUGAGGUCAGUUUCUCUGCAGUGCUCCUGUCCAAAGGGGACAGGAGUUCUGAAUCUGCUGUAUAAGUGGAAAUUUUGAGCAUGUUCAACUCCGGGAUGUUGAAGAAUUCUGAAUGUGUUGCCUGUAAAUUUAAUGAUCAAGUCUAAAGAAAAAAGAUAAUUAUGGCCAGAUUGUCGAAGGGCAAUCUUUUUUUUUUUGGCUGUCUUCUUCAUGUUGACUUCAGCAUUUUAAAAAAGCACCAAAGAGGCUUCCUAGUAUGUAGGUGGGACAUUGUAUAAACAGUGUAUUGUAUAAACAUUGUAUAUUUACUGUAGCGGCGAGUUCACUGUAAAAAUAUUAGACAAUGGUGUGGAAAGCACACAGCCUGGAGACAAAAGUAAACAUCUUUAGCACAGUAGUUAACCUGGAAAAAAGAAUCACAUUUUUGGGGAAUUUGCUGGACGUUGUGGGUGUGGGUGUUUGUUUAUACAGUAAAUGUAAAAGCCGCAGGUUUUUUUUUGGGAUGCUAUGUUUCUGUUCUAUUGGAUGGAUAGUGUCUGCUGGUGAGGAUCUUCUGUAAGAAAAACAACAUUAUUUGUUUGAUUUAUGCUUUGUACAUUCAUUUGUAAUCUCUCCGAGCUACAAACCUCCCGCCUGUGCACGUUAAGUCCUAAAAUUGACAUGUAAACAGUGACUCACUUACUUUGUUGGCGUUUAUUGUUUCUGGUCAUUGCUGACAGCUGGUGACUGUUGCAGUGGGUCCAGUGGUGGAACAGGCAAAAAAACCCUACUUUGCAUACUAGUGUAUGUGCACGCACGCCAUUACAUUCUAGCACUAUGGAAAUAUGCUUUCAUUGGAAAAAAAAAAAA